AUGCUCCGCCAGCUCCACAAGCUCAAGGCCGUCCGCGCGCUGCCGCGCUUCGUCGCCGGUCGCCGCGUCCCCGCGCUCUCGGCCGCGUCCUUCAACGGCGCCAGCCGCGCCAUCUCGAUGACCUCGAUGGCCCGCGUCCAGGUUGCCACGCCCGCCAUGGCGCGUCGCAUGUUUAGCACGAUCGACAUCCCCGUGCCGUCGAUGGGUGAUUCCAUCUCGGAAGGUACUGUCGUCGAGUGGGUCAAGGCGGUUGGUGACCGCGUCGAGGCCGACGACGUUGUCGUUGUGCUCGAGACGGACAAGGUCUCGGUCGACGUGCGCUCGCCGCAGGCCGGUGUCGUUGCCGAGCAUUUGGCCAUUGUCGACGCCACGGUGUUGGUUGGUGCUCCGCUCUUCCGCUUGACCGAAGGUGCUGCUGGCGCUGCUUCGACGCCGGCGCCGGCCGCCUCGACCCCCGCGCCGGCGGCGCCUGCUGCUGCCCCGGCCGCGGCCGUCUCGGGCGAACCCAUCACGGUCAACGUCCCGUCGAUGGGCGACUCGAUCUCGGAAGGCACGGUUGUCAGCUGGACCAAGGGUGCUGGUGACCACGUCGAUGUCGAUGAAGUUGUCCUCGUCCUCGAGACGGACAAGGUCUCUGUCGAUGUUCGCGCGCCCCAGGCUGGCGUCAUCCAGAAGACGCUUGUCAACGUUGAUGACGUUGUCGAGAUUGGUGCGCCUCUCUUUCACAUGGUCCCUGGUGCUGCGCCUGCUGCGGCCCCCAAGCCCGUCGCGACGCCUGUCGCUGCGGCGCCGGCUGCGGCGCCCAAGACUGCGGCUCCCGCGGCCCCCAAGGCGGCGGCUCCCAAGGUGGCCGAGAACAUUGCGUCGCCCGUCUUCCUCGGUGGCGCGUCGCGUGAGGUCCGUCGCGAGAAGAUGAACCGCAUGCGUCUUCGCAUCGCCGAGCGUCUCAAGGAGUCGCAGAACACGAGCGCGUCGUUGACGACGUUCCAGGAGGUCGACAUGUCGAAGCUCAUGGCCAUGCGCAAGACGUACAAGGAUGCGUUCGAGGCCAAGCACAACGUCAAGCUCGGCUUUAUGUCGGCGUUCAUCAAGGCGUCGGCCAACGCGCUCCUCGAAGUCCCGGGUGUCAACGCCAGCAUUGACGAAGCCCACUCGGAGAUUGUGUACCGCGACUUUGUCGACAUCUCGGUGGCCGUCGCGACGCCCAAGGGCCUCGUGACGCCCGUGCUUCGCAACACGGAGUCGAUGGGCUUUGCCGACAUUGAAAAGUCGCUCGCGCACCUCGCCGAGAAGGCCCGUGCCGGCGCCAUUACGAUGGAAGACAUGGCCGGCGGCACCUUUACCAUCUCGAACGGCGGUGUCUUUGGCUCGCUCAUGGGCACGCCCAUCAUCAACGUGCCGCAGUCGGGCAUCCUCGGCAUGCACGCGACCAAGAUGCGCCCGGUCGUGCUCGCCAACGGCGAAAUCGUCGCGCGCCCGAUGAUGUACCUCGCGCUCACGUACGACCACCGCCUCGUUGACGGCCGGGAGGCGGUCACGUGCCUCAAGUCGAUCGCCGACAAGAUUGCCGACCCGGAGCGUCUCCUCCUCGACUUGUAAACCGUGGCGAUCUAUUCGUUUCUGCUACAACUUAACUACCACCACCAAUCUAGAAGCUAUGGGUCCCCUCAC